AUGGCCAGUUAUGCCGUCCAAAUCGCUGGACUGGUGCUUGGUGGUGUUGGCAUGGUGGGCACCAUAGCUGUCACUGUCAUGCCUCAGUGGAGAGUGUCCGCCUUCAUCGGGAGCAACAUUGUGGUCUUUGAAAACCUCUGGGAAGGAUUGUGGAUGAAUUGCAUGAGGCAUGCGAACAUCAGGAUGCAGUGCAAAGUCUAUGAUUCCUUGCUGGCUCUGUCUCCUGACUUGCAGGCAUCCAGAGGACUGAUGUGUGCAGCUUGCGUGCUGUCCAUUCUGGCUUUCCUGACCGCCAUCCUGGGCAUGAAAUGCACCAGGUGCACAGGGGACGAUGAGAAAGUGAAGGGCUACAUCCUGCUCACGGCUGGAAUCAUCUUUCUGGUCACCGGCAUCGUGGUGCUCAUUCCUGUGUGCUGGGUGGCCAAUUCCAUCAUCAGGGAUUUCUACAACCCCAUCGUGGAGGCUGCCCAAAAACGUGAGCUGGGAGAAGCUCUCUAUAUCGGCUGGACCACGGCCCUGGUGCUCAUUGCUGGGGGAGCCCUAUUCUGCUGUGUUUCUUGUGUCGGGGCCAAGAGCAGCAGCUACAGAUACUCCAUCCCGUCCCAUCGCACAACCCAAAAAAGCUAUCAGCUGGGGAAGAAAUCACCGAGCGUGUACUCGAAAAGUCAGUAUGUGUAG